AUGUAUGCCCUCAUCGGAUAUAAGAUAUUCACCAAGGUAAAAUCGCAGCAAAAUAAAAUGAGCAGAUCGCAGAAAAACUAUCAGCAAAAAGUGUUUGUCGAAUUGAUGGUUCAAACAUUUCUCAAAAUCAUCUCAAUCGGAAUAUACGGGUUUUGGUGGAUUGUGUUGUAUAUUUUGGCGCCAACUGGAAAUGUGACCUGUAAGAUUUUUCUUGUAGAUAAUAAUAUAUAUAAUUGUGAGGAGGACAAACCUUUUUCCAGAUCUCACAAUAUUUUGUCAUUGUACUUUUGUUGGUGGAUCGAUUCCAGGAACUGUGUACAUGAUUUUACAACAUCCAACUUAUUUCAAGAAUUUCAAAAAAUUCUUCGGCUGCUUUUCGAAUUCAGAUACAUCACGGCAAAUGUUUGUUCGAUCAUCUGUUGUUCAAUGA